GCCGCCUUCCUAUUGAGUCAGAGGCGCGUUGCGAGCUGAAAGCGAUUGUAACAAACAGAAGCCCGAAGAGCGAGCUAGGCGGGCGUUCUGAUUAGCGCGCUGGGACAAAGUAAAAGAAUCUCGGGAGGCUGAACGUUCCAAAGAAAGUUACAUUCCAGGGUCGGAGCAGCAGCAACAAGCGGCCGCCCGGGGGGCACUUUCUCACGGAGGCGGUGGGUCUUCCCAGCCCUUGUUGAGCGAGGGCGAAGAGGAGGAGGCGAAGGACGAGGGGGGGUUUCAAACUGGGGGCCGAGAAAAUGAAUCGGAGCUUUAAUAAAUCUCAGAGUCUGCGGUAUUUUGGCUACGGCGCGGUGGAAGUGAAAAGUAAGUUUGGUGCAGAAUUUCGAAGGUUUUCCCUGGAUCGUUUCAAACCAGGGAAAUUUGAAGACUUCUACAAACUGAUUCUUCACAUCCACCACAUAUCCAACAUGGAGGUGAUGAUUGGUUAUGCCGAUAUACAUGGAGAUCUCCUUCCUAUUAAUAACGACGACAACUUCUUCAAGGCUGUUACAAGUGCAAACCCGCUGCUUAGGAUUUUUAUACAAAAGCAAGGUAAGAUUAAAUGAUCACUCAUCUGCUGAAUACA